AUGUCGUCCGUGGUCAACGCAAUAACGAUGCAGCGAGGCUGUCCCCACCAGUUGCCGCCUAACCCGCUCCCUCCGUCUUCCUCUCUCCCUCCAUCUUCCUGUCUCCCUCCGUCUUCCUCUCUCCCUCCGUCUUCCUCUCUCCCUCCGUCUUCCUCUCUCCCUCCGUCUUCCUCUCUCCCUCCGUCUUCCUCUCUCCCCGGCAGCGGGAGGCUUGCCGGCCGUGGCGGCGCCGGCGCUGCUGCUGCUGCCGGCUGGCCGGCUCGCGGAGCCGAUCCAAUCGCUGAUUACUCGAAUGCCAGCGUGGCACUGUCCAACGUGGCACUGUCCAACGUGGACAACCAGUCCACGUGGAGCUCUCCUGGCGGCCCCUUAUCGCCUCUCGACCUGACAGGACAACCCUACCAGCUCACCUCCUCUCCCUGCGAAUCUCCUGCCAGUCGCGGCUCGCCUAGUAGCGACUAUAACGAUAACGGGAACGGCAAUGCAGAGGAUGAAGAGAACGAUGAGAAGUACCGACGCGUGCUGGAAACGGGAACGACAGUUGAGGUUGAGGGUUCCUUUCGCACCUUUGACUUGUCCCCUGAGGGCUCUUUCAGCGACUUGCAAUCCACGAUCGCCAGCCGCGGUAACUCGCCCUUCCGAUCACACCCGCUGCUCACCGACUGGAGGUCUCAGUCUCAGCCUCUGCAUGGGCGUCAGAUGGAUUCGCAGAUGGAGUCGCAGAUGGAGUCGCAGAUGGGGCGCACUACGAUGGACGCUCCGUGCACUACCAGCAGGUCUAGAAGUGAGGGAGAGGACGAGGAGGAAGAGGUGGAAGAAGAAGACAUGGCGAGGGUGGGAGUGAGCGGGGGAAGGGAGGUUGGGGGGGAGAAGGGAGGGGAAAAAAUGGCGGUGCUGGUUACAGUGGUUGGGGCACAUGGGAGGAGGCGUCGGGCAGUUUUGGAAAUAACGGGGCAAGGCGAGUCGGUGCUGAAAUCCCCAGGAGAGGAGGAGAAUGUGGAAAAAGCCAGGCAGGAGCGGGGGAAGGAAAGGGAGGGAGAGAUGGAGGAGGAUGGGAAGGAGGAGAGGGAUGAGGACGGGUUUGAAGGCGAGAGGGUUGACAAUCCAGGCUGGUUGAUCUCUGAGAAAUGUCAGGAAUCGGCUGAUGAUGGAGAGGCAGCAGAAAGGGAAGCAGUGACAGUUAUUGUGUGUGACGGAGGGGAGGAGGGGGAACCAGAUGAGGUGUACGAGGAGGAUUGCAAAUCGGAGGUUCAAUCAGUGAAUGAGAACGCAGGGAGUGCAGCCGAGAAAGGGAAGGCGCCAAGGCAGGGGAUUCUUCAGGUGGAUAUUCAAGUGCCAGGAGAUUCCCCAGAUGCAGACGCGGCUCUCUCCCCGCGAACCCACCGCCGCAUCUCCUCGUGGGCAGAGGGUGGGGGAGCAGGCCCAACCGCGUACGUGCUGCGGCGGCCAUACAGGGAUCUGACUCGGCUGUACGAGGUGGGGGAGGAGGAGCUGGGCGUGGGGCAGUUUGGGGUCAUCCGCUCGUGUGUCAGCCGCGCGACCGGGGCUCUGCUGGCCUGCAAGACCAUCAGCAAGCAGAAGAUUGAGUCAGCAGAAGACGCGGAGGACGUGCGGAAGGAGGUAUUAGUGCUGCAGCAGGUGAAGGGACACCCGAGCAUCAUUGAAAUACACGACUCAAUGGAGGACCCCAGGCACAUCCACAUCCUCAUGGAGCUUGCUCGAGGCGGGGACCUCUUUGAUCGCAUCAAGCAGCGCUGGAGCAAGCACAGCAAUCAGAGCAAGGAGAAUGCGCACAGGCUCGGAGCAGGGAGGAGCACAGACCGGAGUGCGGAGGGGAGAGGGGGGUUUUCAGAGGAAGAGGCGGCGGUGGUGUUGGUGCGAGUGGUGGAAGCGUUGCAGUACUGCCACUCGCAGGGGAUCAUGCACCGGGAUGUGAAGCCGGAGAACAUUCUGCUGAUGCAGAGGGAUGAUGACACGUGUGUCAAGCUGAUUGACUUUGGCGUCGCUGCAAGGUUCCAGGAUGGCGUGCCUCUCACGGAGUUUGUCGGCACGCCCUACUACAUCGCACCAGAGGUCCUAGCAGGUUCCUACGGGCCCGAAGCCGAUAUCUGGAGUGCCGGAGUGGUGCUCUACACUCUCCUCUGCGGGGCACCGCCUUUCUUUGCCGACACUAAUGAGGAGAUUUUCCGGGCGAUUCGGGAGAAGCCGGUGAAAUUCAAAGCUGCCCGGUGGAGGAAAAUCGGGGCAGGGGCGAAGGAGUUGCUGAAGGGGAUGCUUGAAAAAGAUCCUGCAAAGCGCAUGUCUGCUGUGGAUGUUCUUGGUAAGCUAUGGCCAUGGCCCCUCUUUCCCUCCCCCCUCCCCUCUCAUUACAAACCCUGUUUGUCCACUCCCUCUCUUCUCCCCCCCCUCACCUCCUUCGCUCCUCUCUCCCCACCCCCCUUCUCUCGCUUCGCCUGA